UUUACGUAAUUAAACAGCCUUUCUCCAGUUUCUUAUCGUAGGAAUUUGGAUGGAGGAAUGAUUAAAAAUCCAGGACUUUUUGCAAAAUUAAUUGAAAUUUGUCGCAUAAUUUGAAUCUUUCCACACACAACUUCGUCCUUCUUCACCGAAAUAGACUUCCCGCGUCCGGUCUCCCGCCGUCGGCCGCCUGUGUCCCUCCGGUUCUCUUCCCCGCCGCCUCCUUCAGCUGUCAGCCGACAGCCGCAAGCAUUUCUGCUGGCCAGUCGUGUCCUGCCACCAGUUGCGUGAGUAAAGAUUGUAUAAUUUGUAUCUGGUAGUGAGUCAGUGACGUUAGCAAUAAUGGGCGAACAUGGGGGUGCAACUCCCACACCGGAUGCCAACCCUAGUAAUAACUAUGUAAUUCCUGGAGCGACGGUGGAAUUUGAUGCAGUUGAACAUCCUCAGGAAUUAGAACUUGAAUCAGAACUGAAUUUGGGAGAGGGUGAAAAGCAUGAAGAAGAUGGAGAUAAUAGUGAGGUCUCUGAAGAAGGAGACACAGACGGAGAAGAAGCAGAAUAUAGAUUCCAAUUCCAAGGGGAAAUGGACCCUUUAUCAUUUGCAGAGGAAGAAGAUGCCUCUGGGCUGCUGCCUUACGAGCGAUUCGAGCGGAUAGAGCAGCAUUAUGAGGUCUUGGCUUCCAAGAAGCGCCCUGCUCUUGAGGCCUGUACGAGUGAACUGCCCACUAAGAAGUUAAGGCAGGAGGAGAUGCUUGGAGCAAGCUUUGAAGAAAUAAUGGAGAUCAUGAACUAUGGGAUGAGGAAAAAGUCGAGGAAGAGCAAGCAAAGAGGGAGGAGAAAGGGAUCAAAGAAAAAGGCUAAUCCUGAAGUGACUCGAAAACUUGGUGAUGCGACACUUCAUUAUGCACAUGGUCGGUUUGAGGAGGCCAUCGGUUUGUUGAAUGAAGUAAUUCUCCUUGCUCCAAACCUGUCUGAUCCAUAUCAUACACUUGCACUAAUUUAUACGGCGAUGAAUGAAGAGAAGAGAGCCUUGAAUUUCUACAUGAUUGCUGCACAUUUGACUCCAAAGGACGCCUCUUUGUGGAAACUUCUAGUAACCCGAUCAAUAGAGCAAGGGGACAAAAGGCAGGCAAACUACUGUCUUAAUAAAGCAAUAAUAGCAGAUCCAGAAGAUAUUGGUCUUCGGUUUCAUCGUGCUUCUCUCUACAUUGAGCUCGGAGAGUAUAAAAAAGCUGCUGAUUCUUAUGAGCAAAUCUCCCGUCUCCGUCCAGAUAAUGUUGAAGUGCUGAGUAAAGCUACACAGCUUUAUAGAAAAUGUGGGCAACAUGAGAGAGCUGUCUGUAUGCUGGAGGACAAUCUCAGGAAUCAUGUAAAUGAUGCUAAUUUAAGUGUGGUUGAUCUCUUAGCCUCUAUACUGAUGGAAAUCAAUGCAUAUGCCAAAGCUCUUGAUCAUAUAGAGCACGCACAGCAGGUCUACUCUACUGGACAAGAGAUUCCGCUGUGUUUAACUAUAAAAGCUGGAGUAUGUCAUGUACAUCUUGGACAUCUGGAGAAAGCAGAGGCUCACUUCAAUGCUUUAAAACCAGAGAAUGCAUCUAAUCAUCCUGACUUAGUCAUUGAUGUUGCGGACUCAUUGGUGAAUGUUGGGCAGUAUGAAUCCGCAUUAAAAUACUACGUGAUGUUAGAGGAAGAUGCAAAUAAGUACAAUGGCUAUCUACACUUGAAAAUUGCAAGGUGUUAUGCUUCUCUGACGAAAAGAGCACAAGCUAUUGAAUAUUAUUACAAAGCUGUGGAAAAACUUAAUGACAGUGUUGAUGCUCGGUUAACAUUAUCGUCUCUUCUUCUUGAAGAAGAUAGAGAUGAUGAAGCCAUUUCCAUGCUAUCUCCUCCACUAGCAUCUGAGGCAGCUCUUGAUACAGAAUCCGAUAUGUCUAAAUUAUGGUGGCGUAAUGGGAAAAUAAAGUUAAAGCUUUCCCAAAUUUAUAAAGCCAAAGGAUCAUUUGAGGCUUAUGCAGAUGUAUUGUUUCCCAUAAUUCAUGAGACAUUAUUUAUCGAGACAGUCCAGCAAAAGGUUAAAGCCCGUAAACGGCUGUCUAGAGGUGUUCUUUCAGAAAGGGUGAAAGUGCUGGACGAUCAUCAAACUGACAAUGUAUUUCAUGGAUUUAGGCCUGUCGCUUCAUCUGCUGAUCUGUCUAAAGCUUCCAGAGCAAAGAGGUUGCUCCAGAAGAAGGCUGCAGUGAGGGAAGCAAAAAGAGCGGCAGCACUGGCUGCUGGAAUUGAUUGGAAGAGUGAUGAUUCAGAUGAUGAAUCUCCACAAGUCUUCCGCGAGCCUCCUUUGCCGGAUCUUCUAAAAGAAGAGGGAAAUCAUGACAUGAUAGUAGAUUUAUGCAAGUCAUUAUCCUCAUUGCGGAGGUAUUGGGAUGCGUUAGAAAUCAUCAAUCUCAGCCUGAAGCUAGAAUGCAACACAUUGUCUGUUCAGAGGAAGGAGGAGCUUCGUACUCUUGGAGCUCAAAUAGCAUAUAAUAUUUCUGAUCCUGCACAUGGGUGGGAUUGCGUGCGCUACAUUGUUAGUCGGCAUCCCUACAGCUUUUCUGCCUGGAAUUGCUACUACAAAGGAAUAUUGAGAAACAAUCGAAUCGCGAAGCACAACAAGUUCCUUCAUAACAUGAGAGUGAAGCACAAAGAUUCUGUACCACCAAUCCUCAUUUCUGCACAUCAGUUUACCAUGAUUAGUCAGCAUCAAGCAGCUGCUCGGGAAUAUUUAGAAGCCCAUAAACUGAUGCCUGACAAUCCCUUCAUAAACCUUUGUGCCGGAACCGCCUUGAUAAACUUAGCGCUUGGCCACAGACUUCAAAACAAGCACCAGACUCUAUUACAAGGGCUUGCUUUCCUCUAUAACAACUCCCGACUUUGCGGAGACAGCCAGGAGGCAUUAUAUAACAUUGCUCGGGCAUACCAUCAUGUCGGUCUGGUUUCUUUGGCUGCUACGUACUACGAAAAGGUAUUGGCGAUUCGCGAGAAGGAUUAUCCGAUCCCGGUACUCCCAAAUGAGAAUCAGGAUCAUGUGGAUGAUAAGAAGCCGGGCUACUGUGAUCUUCGUCGAGAAGCAGCUUACAAUCUGCACUUAAUCUAUAAGAAGAGUGGGGCACUUGAUCUUGCCAGGCAGGUCUUGAAAGAUCAUGUUGUCUUGUGAUACAUUCAAAUAUGUAUAUUCAUCUCCUGCGGAUGCACAUGUAUAGAAUUCUGUUAAUCCCAACCCUUCUUUAUAUUCUAA